UGAACCCGUUUUCUAAAAGCAGCUGAUAAGCAGCCUUGUUAUUGGGAUUUUUCCACUUGCUGCUGUUCUUUUUUCUAUUGUAAGGUUGGAAAUGUGUGUUCGCUCCAACAUUGUGGCUUCAGGUAUCAGGGAUAAACAUUUUUUUAAUUCCAUCUGCUGAUAUGAUGUGCCAUUUCUCUCAUAUGUGAGAAAUGCCAGCUGCUCCUCAUGGAUGUAGCAAUGAUACCUCGCUCCCCAUGUGCUAUGAGGAGUCAGCGGGUCCACUUGCUAUGAUCAUCAUCCCUUGUCUGUUGGCUCUCAGCACAGUUUUAGUGGUGGCUCUGAUUUUCUACAGUCUCCACAAGAACAAACAAAGAAGACAGAGCACCUCAGCUCACUUUACAAAUGGCCAGCAGAGUGUAUCCCUGGCUGCAGCGUCUGUCAGCGCUCCAAAGGUCCAGGCAGCUUUGUAUCCCUGGGAAAUGCCUGAAGAGUGUGUUCUUGAGGGACUAGAGUUUUGGCAGACGGGUCGCCAUGGCCCCAUUUGUAAAGGUCUGCUGAAGAAGAGAGACGGAGCCCCCUCUGCUGUGGUGGUUAAGUCCCUCCGAGAUGGCCCCAACCAGCCUGAAGCUAAGGAGUUUGUGGAGUGGGUCCUCUUCCACGCCACCGUGUGUAAACAUGAGAACGUGGUGCGGAUGUUGUACUGCCAGACCAAGCAUCUUCCCAUGUAUCUGGUCUUAGACGCCUACAGCCCAGGGAACCUCCUUCACUUCCUCUGGACCCUCAGAAAUAAGAAUUCAAACAUUACGGAUCAAUCACUGACCUUCUCUGAGACGUCAGUGUUUCUGGUGGCAAAGCAGGUUGCAGCUGGCCUGGAUUACCUGAUGUCACAGCACAGGCUGGUGCACGGCGAUGUUGCUGCCAGGAACAUCCUAAUUGGCCCAGGCCUCUCAGCCCGGGUGUCUGGGCUGGACGUGGCAUUCGGAGGACGCAGAACAGAUCCACCAAUUAGGCAGAGGGCAGCAGAGGUGCCUCUCAAAUGGCAGGCUCCAGAAAGGAUCAUGAUGCAGCUCAGUAUCGACAGGAGUGACGUGUGGUCAUUUGGAAUCUUACUGUAUGAGCUGAUUACCUUAGGCUCUCCACCGUACCCUGAGCUGGAGCCUCUGUCUGUGCUUCCAAAGCUACAGGGGUCUUAUCGAAUGAAGAGACCACAGAAUUGUGGAGGACCUUUGUAUGAUAUGAUGAAGUACUGUUGGAUGUGGAGUUUCAAAGACCGACCUGCAUUCUCUGCCAUCAUAAAGCUGUUGGAGUCCUCACAGCAUUUAGCAGCCACUAAAGACAUUUGUGUUCCAGAGGCCAUAGAUAUAUUUGAGUAUAACAGAAAGGCAGGACUGCUCUCAUAGGCUCAUGUGCUACCAAACAGGCCUAUAGCAACUUCCACUUAUAGUAAACAACAUACUCCGAUCAGCCAUAACAUUAUGACCACCUGCCUAGUAUUGAGUAGGUCCCCCUUUGGCCGCCAAAACAGCCCUGAUCCGUGGAGGCAUGGACUCCACUAGACCUCUGAAGGUCUGCUGUGGUAGCUGGCACCAAGCCUUCAGUAGCAGAUCCUUUAAGUCCUGUAUAAUUUGCGAGGUGGGUCCUCCGUGGAUCGGACUUGUUUGUCCAGCACAUCCCACAGAUGCUCCAUCAGAUUGGGAUCUGGAGAAUUUAGAGGCCGAGUCAACAUCUCCAACUCGUUGCCAUCCACAUGAUGUAAAAGAAAACGUGAUUCAUCAGACCGGGCCACCUUGUUCCAUUGCUCCGUGGUCCAGUUCUGAUGCUCAUGUGCCCAUUGUAGGCGCUUUUGGCGGUGGA